UCCCAACAGCCGGACCAUUGUGCUUCUCCACAAGCAUUUCUGACUAGACGCUCCGGUCCGGUAAGGAAGCUGUUUCGUUUAACGGCGGCUUUGAAAUCGCGGACCGACUGACAGCUCUGUAAGGCCUUGCGACGCUCCCAAUCCAUCAGCAUGCAAAUAUCUUCUCAGAAAUUCUGACAUAAAAGGUGUAUCCUUCUGACGGGCAGAAUGUCCCUGAAGUUGAUUCUAAUUUUUAUGAUUUCAGCCUCCGCUUUAGGUGUCGCUCUUGAGAGCGAGAGGAAAGACGGCAGCGAACCAAGGAGGCCCCAAAAGGGCAAAGAAGAUGAGAAGGUUGGGAAAGAAGUGACCAGGAGCAGCAGUAGCUCCAAGCCGAACCGGGAUGGCAGUGGGACAUCAUCCAGGCAGAGUGGGUGGGGGUAUGAUGCGGCCUGUACCAGUAUCGGAGGAAUUUGCCAACUCAGUAGAUACAUCUGCCAGGGGAGAUACCUGAGAAACAAGUGUGCUGGUCCCAGGGUGAGACGUUGCUGUCUGCCAGGUCCCGGUGCCUGGCGUCCCCUGUGUGCCAGUCACCAUCAGAACAGAAUAAGGGGCUGUGACAGGUUCGGCUGUGGAGCUUUCAACUCUGAGAGAGCUGGGAGCACCCACAAGGCCGUGGACGUCGUGUGUGACGACUACGCCGCCAUCAACGCCCCCUUCUCUGGCACCCUGGGGGGGCCAGUCAGCCGCAGGCAGGGAGAUGCCGUCCACUAUGAUGGCGUUAAGCUCUAUAAUUCAGAGUCUUGUGUGAAGAUCUUCAACAUCCGGCCAUACCGUUACGUGGGCCACAUCUCCAAGGGGGAAGCCAUGGGCUACCUACUGCCCCUGCAGGAGCGCUUCUCUGGAAUCACCUCCCACCUGGAGCUGCAGAUGUGUGACCAUUCGAACCCUACACCCUUCAUAUAGGCCCCUCCCUCACAGCAAUGCCCUUACGUUUUAGCUGCGACUCAUUGCUGGCUCUCACCUAUCAGCUGUGUCCGUCUCCAGUUGCACCAAAGCCUCCAGGAGCCAACCGGGGCUGUAAAAUCCGGCCUGAAAUUACGGCGCCUGAUCGGAAUUGCAGCGCUGUACCACAACGUACCACAAGGUGGUGACGGUCCGCAAAUUAUAAAGCUGGCUUUGUUUGUUAGCUUGAAGGGGUGUUCGUCGAACAUGUGUUUCCUGUUUAUCUGAUUACCGUGGCCUGUACUACGAAGGGGGUUUAACCAAAUCAGACUUAACCCCGAGGUAAUUUGCGAACACGAGGUUAACAAAAUCAUGUUGACUCCAUCGGGGCUAAUCAGUACUACGACGCCAGUU